AUGCAGCGCGUGCUUCAGCUUGUCGCGCUUGUCGCGUGUUUUGCAGUUGUAUCCUCGCUCAGCAAUGGCGUCAUCAGUCUCGACAAGUACACGUUUGACAAGAUCGUCGGCAAGGAGAGACCUGUGCUUGUUCGCUUUGAUCAGGAUUAUUCGUAUGGGGAUGAGAAUGAUGCAUAUGAGUAUGCAGCCAAGAAUGCAACUUCAUCUGAAAUCCUCGUAGCAAGUGUGGGAAUCAGUGAAUGGGGAGAAAAGGAGAAUCAGGAUCUCGCUGAUCGAUUUGGUGUGAAGAAGGAGGAUUGGCCGAGGUACAUUUUCUUCCCCAAGGGAUCGAAGGAGGGCGUGACCUUCUCCGGAAACAAGAAGGAUACUUAUGCCAUUCUUCAGUUUAUCCGCAAGCAGGGCGUCUGGGUUGGCCUUCCUGGCUGCCAUGAGAAGUUCGAUGAGCUUGCGUCGCAGUUCAUGUCCUCCAAGGACAAGCGCGCUGACAUCAUCAAACAAGCUGAGAAGCUCUUGGCGGAGAUCAAAGAUGACAAAGAGAGAACUUCUGCUAAGUUUUACAUUGCUGCAAUGAGGAAGAUCGAAGAGAAGGGAGAUUCUUUUGUUGAGAACGAGUCCCAGCGCCUCAAGUCUAUGCUGGACAAAGCUACUCUCAAGAAGAACAAGAAAGAUGAGUUCCAGACGCGAUUGAACGUGCUGUCAUCGUUCAACCUCUAG